AUGACCUCCAUACAGUUUCCUCCCGACAUGCCUGGUCGUCUACAUCGUGCCACCGAGAAGGUUAAAGUCAUGAUGAAAUCGAUACCCUGGUCACCAAAGCAAGAGAAGGAGCAAGGCCCUAGCCGUUGCUACCUGAUGGAGCUGCCCACUGAGCUAUUGUUGGAGAUCGUCUCCCAUCUGACAGUACUCCCGGAGGCUGCGCUCGCUCUAACCAACAAGCGCAUGUUCGCGAUAUCCGGUGAAAUCUUGUUCUCCAAGUCCCUCCGCUUCGGUCGAGAUUUUGCGCCACUCUUCCACCACUAUCGCAACGGGCAUAACUUUGUGACUCCCCGAUGGUCAUUCCUCAACCUAUUGGAAAACAGUCGAAUGAAACUAUGCUCCAAGUGCCUCAAGCUCCAUCCUCGCGAGGCCUUCUCAGCAAGAGAGUUGCGGCGGAAGCCAGAGAACCGAACAUGCAACGUUGGAGAUCUGGCCGGGAUUGUCGACUUGUGCCCAUGCAAGAAAUUAACCUUCCGCGACAAGCUUGACCUCGCCGAUCACAUGAGAAUAAGGAAGGUCACCUUACAGGCCUUGAAGUUGGAAUUCGGAAGAGCAGUCGACGAUCGCUAUUGCUGGCACACAUGUACCGAACAGUAUGGCCCUACCGAGUUGAAAACAUCUUUGUUCCCGGAACUUGAUCAAGACGACCAGCUGGUGAUUCGUACUGAAUACCAGCUCACCACCGAGAACGGUCAGGUUGGCAAGGAAGAAUUUAUGACGCCACGAUUUGGCUGUGCUCAUCGCUCGGUCGACCUAUGGGUUUCAAGUGUUCACCAAACCACCAUCUGUCGACUCUUUGAUACGUUCUGCUCAUCCUGUCAACGGAUCUCCGUCUGCAGUGCAUGUGACACAUCGCUCAAAUGCCCUCGAAAAGCGCCCUUCCAUUCCGAAAAAUCCGGCAAAGCAACAUAUUCAUUCUCGACGCAACGAUCUCUCGGAGGCACAAGCUCGGUGCCCGAUCAGACUUGGGCAGCGCAGAGGAUUCACCCCGCUGAACCAUCUAUCGGCGUCGACAACUGCAAUGAGCUCUGUCCAUGGACGGUGCGGGCACAUCCGGCGCUGUCUUUCGCGCCCAGCAUAGAACAGGAGAUACUCGAUCCUGGAAUAGGUAAUCAACCCAUCAGUCAGCUUUAUACGUCUAUCGACAUGAUUUAA